AUGUUAUCAGAAGAAAGUUUGAAUAACCUUCGAUAUAUUGAUUACUGGAAGAGACCGUGUAAAGAAUGGGAAGUAGAUACGUGGGAUUUAUAUUUCAAAGAAACCACUAAUGAUGAAUCAAAUCGCUCAUCACAUUGUGCUCUAGGUAAAGAGUUAAAUAUUUUAUUCAAAAAUUUACAAAUAAAACGAAACGUAAAGGAAAAGCGGAAAUUAUUGAUGGUAAAACGUAAGCUAUUACAGAUUUCCGGCGGCAAAAAGAAAGAAGAUAAAGAAAAUGUAGAGCAACCUGGUAAAUGUCCCAGCAAAAAGAGAGCAGAGGUAGAAGAGUUUUCUCUUGAUUUGCCAAAGAAACGAAAAUUUGGUUUUGCUGUAGAUUCCAUCUCCGAUUUUAAAGAAUUGAGAAGACUGAAUCUUUCUAUGCUGACAAGACCAUGUAUAUCGAAAGAAUUGAGAACAAUAGAUUUGUCCUAA